ACAGUGUGGAAAGAAUAAAAUAUCAAUAAUACAUUUUAAUAUUUUUAUAGUCAAGAGAUGAUGAUGCAGGAUAAUAUCUUAAAUCAAAGACAUCAUUCAUAAGUGAAAAAAACAAUCAAGUAAAAGUUAGUUUUCAGGGAUGAAGUUUAUUCAGCCAAAAAGAUCAUUUAAACUUGUCUUGCCAAUAAGAUGGAAUCAAGCUCUUAAUAUAAUUUUGAGCCUCCCUGUCGUGGGCCUGCCUCUUCCCCUCAGCACAGCUCCUCCGUGCCUGUUGUGUGAAACUGAUUUUCCCGUGACAUCAUGCGGACGAGUGCUGGAAAGUGUUGCCUGACUAAUCUACUGGCUAAAAAACUAAUGAGUCACCAAGCACACACUAUAAAAAGACCCCUGGAUGUAGAACAUAAUCUACUUUCAAAAGCUCUCUUAGACCAAAUACCACCCAAAAACUGUUUGGAAAGACACGCUGGAGUCGGCCAGUGCCCACCACACCAGACUCCGUCCCCCGGCAAAGAGUUUUAACAGACGUCUAGUGAAGCUGCUCCUAUUUCAAGACGCUGGCAGACAGGCCGCCGGAGUCCGAGUGGAGUCUAUAGGCCGCCGCCGCCGCCGCCGCUGCUGCUGGCCGCUCGGCUGUAUCUGGUUCACGGGCUCCGCUCACACUGUCUUGUGGUUUGGACUGGGCCGCUGUCAUUUCACUGGAAUUUCCUGCCAUCUGCACUCGGCCCGGGUUUCUCACAGAUUCGCACCUGCUUGUAAACGUUGAGGUCGGCCAGGAGGAGAGGACGCGGGGAUAGAGCACGAGAGAUGAUGACUGACCACGCAGCACUUUGGAACAAAUGACUGCAGAUUACACACGACGCCCGCAGCUGGAGAUUCAUCUGAUUCGAUUACAGUUAAGCAGUGAAAGAUGCUGUGGACGGGUUUGACUCUAAUGGAUUCCUAAAGUCGCCCCGAGUCAAUAAAUAGCAACGAUUUUACUGAGGGGAUCUCUUGGUGGGAGUCAGAGCGCGGGGGCCAGGAUGUGGCCCCCCGACCUCGGGCCUCCAGACGUCCAGCUGACUCUCCCUGGUUUUGGGAGCGUGUUCGAAGAUGCCGAGGAUCUGCAGGCGCCGCUGUCUUCGGGUGGCUUCUGUCAGUCGUCGAUGCAUUCGGGUGGUCUCUGCUGUCUGCCCAGGACGUCCCUGUCCCUGUCCUCCCUGGGACGGGACCUCAGCUCCUUGCUCAGCUGCAAGACGAAUGGAUCCCACAUAGAAAAGUCUGUGGAGGACUUUGCCAUCACAGCACACACAGACCCUAAAAACACCCAGAGGUUCGUUUGUUACCCUCAACCCUCCCUCCCUCUGUCCUACAUGCUCACCGGCUGUGGCUCGUCUGCCACGUUCUGCUCCCCCUCGUCCUCCGUUUCCUCCACCUCCUCCUCCUCAUCAUUGUUUUUCGCCUCUUCCUCGCCUCUUUCUGAUGCCAACAACAAAACGUCUCAGCAACAACGAAAAGUACAAGACGAGUAUCUCUCCAUCAAACAGGAGCCUGCAGACGAUUUCUUGCCGUGUAAGAGGGAACCGUUUCAAAUGAACAACCAGCAGGGGGAGCUGUUUCAUGUUGGCCAGCCCAUCGACUGCCACGAUGGCGGUCAGGACAGCGCCCAGACACCGCUGCACUCCCCGAAGCUUAACGCACCCGUGGGAGGGAACCCUCCGGUGGACCAACAGGAGCAGCUGUGUCACUGGAUCGACUGCAGCACCGCUCACAGCAGCCAGGAGGAGCUGGUGAGGCACAUCGAGAAGGUUCACAUCGACCAGCGUAAAGGGGAGGAGUUUGCGUGUUUCUGGGCCAGCUGUGUGCGGCGCCACAAACCCUUCAACGCUCGCUACAAGCUCCUCAUCCACAUGAGGGUUCAUUCUGGAGAAAAACCCAAUAAAUGCAUGUUUGAAGGCUGUGCUAAGGCGUUCUCCCGUCUGGAGAACCUGAAAAUCCACCUGAGGAGCCACACGGGAGAGAAACCGUACAUCUGCCAGCAUCCCGGCUGCCUCAAGGCCUUCAGCAACUCCAGUGAUCGGGCCAAACACCAGCGGACACACCUGGACACGAAGCCGUACGCCUGUCAGAUCCCGGGCUGCACCAAACGCUACACCGACCCCAGCUCGCUACGGAAACACGUCAAGGCUCACUCCAACAAAGGGCCUCAGGAGAGGGAGGUCAAGGUUCACACGAUGCUGGAAUCGGACAUUUUGAGUGACUGCCUGGCGCGGCAGCAUCUCCACGGCUCCUCCCACCAAGGGAACGGCUCCGCUCUGCCGGGGUUAGAUGACUUCACAGGUGUUUACUCAAACAGCAGCAGCGGCCACACCCGGGGGAAUCCAGAGUUCCUCCCUCCGUCCGCAGACACCUGCUCCAGGUACCAAGGCCUGGAGGGGAACUUCGACGCCAACAGCCCGAUAUCGUCUCUAACAAGCCCAGGAAGCAUGAGGGAGGGGAACCGGCCGACACCGUUGUUCAUGGCCGCUGACGUCAGCCCAGCGAGCUCCUCAUCGGACAGAGCGGACGUGCGGCUGCAGGGUUACCAGAAGCCCUACAGCCACCAGCAGCAAGUGAUGUCCCAGCAGCAAGGUUGUCUGUACGAAGGGGGAAAGGUGGUUCAACCAGUCAACGAUGGAGGAUUUGAACACAACGGUUACUUCACGAACUCCUCCACCUGUCACUCCACAGGGUUCGACUUGUUGCAGGAGCUGCAGGGCCAGGGGGGCGGCGGUUACUCCAUGUCCCCCUGCCCGGACGACAGCUUCCUGUUCCAGGCGGGAGGCGUCGACCGCUGCCUCAAUCAGAUCUACUCCAUCUACCUGGACUCGUGAUGGCAGCCGGUAGCUUUUUUUUGUUUUCCCGAGCACGGGAUGCAGCGAGAACGAUGCGUGACGGACAAUCGCAUCCACCACACGCUGCAGAGACUGACAGAAGCUUUAAUGGUACAAACACAAACUGUCUGAGCUGCAGAGCUGAGUGGAAAACAUCUGAAAUCUGGUCAAAUUAUGGUGUAAAUAGCUGUGACUUUUUUAUUCAGAGAUGACCACAGCAUUUGUGAUCUGGAUAGAAUGAGCUUCGUUUAUCAGUUUGAUCUUGUGGAAGCCGGGCAGCUGGUUCUGAGCAGUGAGGUCGAUUCUGCCUCAUCAGCAGCUUCGACACCAGGGAAAUGGUAAAAUCAUAUUUGAAAUGAGCAGAGAGGACUCAUAUAAUUCAGUGGCUCCAAAACCUGAAGUCAGCAAAUACGUCUGUUAAAGGUUCACACAUAACAUAGUUGAACAUCCUGCUCACAAAUCCUACCCAGUUUUUAGACAUUUCUCUAUUUUUCCCUAUUUAGGUGAUUAGAGCAAGUUAAAAUAAAGAGAAUAACACUUUUGGCUCAAUGGCUCACAACCAUAGACUGAAUAUAAAGAUAAACAACUUCAUCCCACUGUCUAGAAAUGAAGGCAGAAGAUUACGGAUACGAUAUACUGCAAUAUCAAAUUAAAAGUCUGUCCCUUUGACACGUGCUUGGUGUUUACCCUGUUUUUAUAGCAUCAAUAACUAAUUAAAAACAAACUUAAAAACAUACAUGAACACUAGAACAAACAUCAGUGUGAUAACAGACGCCAGACACCAUCUUUGAGAAGAAAAGUAUUUGAUGCCUAUUUGGACUCUUUUCGUUUGGCCCAUGUCCCGUCCACUAACACGGAGGAGGCCGGGUUUAUGACCUAUACUGCAGCCGGCCUCCAGGGAGAAGCCGUCGUGUCGUCCAUCUUUAUAUAAAGUCCACGCUCCCGACUCACAGACGCACUGAACACAAGGUGUGACGAGUGGCUGAAGGAAGCGUCAUCUUGUCACGUUCCUAAAAAAGGUUGAGAACCGUUAUGUUGCAGUCAAAGACUUUAAGGGGAUAGUUCGACAUUUUGGGGGAAAUAUAUUAAUUUGCUGUUUACUAAAAUUCAAUAAUACGUAUUUAUAUAGAUCAGUUUUUCCAAAGCACUUAACAGGAUGUUAUCCAGCCAUAGGAGCAGUUUGGGGUUGAAUAUUUUCCCAUUGGAAUGCAGACAGGGAUCGAACCACUGACCCUCUGGUAGGUGGACGACCCUUUUUACCUCCUGAGCCACAGCCUGAUUAGAGGGAAAACAUCUUCUCCGCGCCAAUCAAAAGUCAAUUAAAUGAUCCAACCAGCUACUAUAAAUCUUAAUAAUUACUGCAUCAUAUGUAAAAACAAUUCUUCUUAAAUGUGGAAGUGGAAAAAACGAACAACUUAUUAUUUUCCAGGUGGAUUAUCUGGUGUGUUUAUUCUGGUAUUUCCCAAAACGUCAAUCUAUUUGAGUGUGAGCUUGAAGUGACAUUUCCCUGAGAAGCAGCUGCUCAGGAGGAAACUGGGGAUCGAACAGGAAACUGUAGCAGUGCUGCCCCCAAGUGUCUGAAUGUUCACGCUGCAUGAACCUUACACACAGAGGGUCAGUGUGGGAACACAAAUCAGCACUAAAGUAUUUAUGUCCCUCUCUCAGCAGCUCCUCUGUCCCGAGACGUGACAACAAGUACGUUAAAACAUGUGUAACCUAUAACAGCAAUCGUGCCAGAAACAUAAUCAGUUCUUAUAUAUUUCCUGUUGUCGCUUCAGUGUCUUUACUUGUGUUGUUGUUGUACAGUUUCGCUCAGUGUCAUAUUCAUGGAAGGGGGAGGGGGGGGGGUGUGCGUUGUUUACAGUUCUCUGCACUCUUUGUGUUUUUUGUCUCGUCAGACAACGACCGACCAGAAAAUGUUUACACUGAUUUUGUAGCAAGUCAGAGAUUUUGUAUUAUUGUCGUUGAACAGUGUGUAGACUGUAUAAAGAAAAGUCUGUCUUUUAUAUCAAUAAAACUUGUUUGUACAUUUUU